AUGACUGCCAUAAUCACUUUGUUGAAACGGAAAUAUAUUGUUGUCGUUCUUCUACUUGCAUGGAUGACCUGGAGUCUUUACCUCCAGUUCCGGGCCGACUCUUUCCUCGGAUCCAAUGGCGAAUAUCCCUUGGCUAUAACACAGAACGGCACAUAUAUUGGAGUGCGGAACCAUCAUUUUUUGCAGGACAUGUUUCUCGGAAUGCCAUAUGCGUUGCCCCCUACCGGAGACCUGCGCUUUAGCAUACCACACUCGAACAACGUUUCAUGGGACGGAUGGAAGAAAGCUCAGGCCUAUGGGCCUCACUGCCUUUCCUAUGGGAAAAACCGUGAAAAGUUCACCCAAUCAGAGGAUUGUUUGACCAUCAAUGUCGUACGUCCACAUGUCAAAGGCGUCCAGCGCCUACCUGUUGCGGUUUACCUUUAUGGAGGGGGCACUACUGGAGGAGGAUCUGGUGACCCGCGGUACAACCUUUCUUUCAUUGUUUCAAAGUCAACAGCCAUGGGCAAACCAUUCGUUGCAGUCUCUUUGAACUAUCGGUCGUCAGUCUGGGGCUUCGUUUCAGGGAAUGACGUGAACAGAACUGGAAAUAGUAACCUAGGGCUAAGAGAUCAGCAUUUCGCACUGCAAUGGAUCCAACUCAACAUUGAGGGAUUUCAAGGGGAUCCAUCACAAGUCACAAUCUGGGGUGGAAGUUCUGGGGCCUCGGAUGUCGGCAUUCACCUCAUUGCCCACGGCGGACGGGAUGAUGGUCUCUUUAGAGCAGCUAUCAUGCAAAGUGGCUCUCCGCUCGUGGAGACCUCACUGCGCAAUUUGAGCCCCCAGCAGGCUUACAUCCAACUGAUACGACGGGCAAAUUGCUUUGGAGUUAAGGACACGCUGCAAUGCCUACGCAAUAUACCUUUCAAUGAGCUUGAUCAUUUGAUUGACAUAAUUUCGCGUGAUGAUCCUCUGACGCUAGACGCACUCUCCAUGCCUACACUGGAUGGAGAUAUAAUUAGAGCAUUUCCUAGCCGACAACUUCAGACCGCAAGUCUUAUACGCGUACCAAUUAUCAUCGGCACGACAACAAAUGAAGGGAGCACCUUCGCUCCUGGUGGGUUGGAGGGCCCGGGUCGGCUUGAGAGAUACUUGGCUGGUGCAUGGCAAUUGCCCGACGAGAUAGUUCAGAAACUACUUUCUUUGUAUCCGUUGUCAAACAAUGGGACCGAAAGCUCUGACUUUGUCGCAGGCUUGCAUGAUGAUAUAUUUUUCCAGGCCGCGGCCUUGAUUGGAGACCUGGAGUUGAUAUCAUCGCACCGGCUCACUUGCGAAACAUUUGCGCGAUAUGCCAGCUGUUUCUCAUUCCGGUUUGAUGCUGUACCCUCCGGUGGUGAUACAGAUUUGGGACCUGCAGCAGGGGUGACUCACGGAGCCGAGAUAGGCCCCGUGUUUCAGAACAUAGAAGGGGUUGGGUUCCUCAGGAACCCCUUUCUGGAUCAAAGUCUGGCUUAUUUCAUGAUGGCUGAUUUGAUCGGUGUAAUGUGGAUCAAUUUCAUCACGACCUUGGAUCCCAACGGGCCCUCUAAAGCGGAAACUGCGAUUAGAUGGCCUGCAUAUGACUUGGAAAGACCCCAGAACAUAGUAUUCAGUGAUUCAGUGCCAUCCUUUACGGAGCUGGACACAGCUAGGAGUGAAGCGAUACAGUAUAUAAAUCAGAUCAAUGGGGUGGUUGGGAGAUGA